CUCUAUUGUUUAUGGAUAGUUGACCUGCCUGCGCGAGAAAGAAAAAUUUCAUGGUGUUGUGGGUGACACAUAUACGUAGAAAAAGUUUAGAGUAAGAACAUUGGCACCAACUGCAGGGAAAUGGAAUCAAUGGAAUAUGAGCUCGCCAGAAACCUCACUCUGUUGUUUUUCGUGGAACGCCUGCUCGAUAAAGGCGAGCCGAGAACGUUGCACGAUCUGUCCUGUCAGUUUGGUGCCAAGGGGUUCACUAAGGAGAUGCGUCAGAUCGCUGGCGGGUCGCAGUCGGGGCUAAAGAAGUUCCUGGCUCAGUACCCGGCGUUGUUCAACAUAGACGGGGACUAUGUCGAUAUCAACACGUUCCAGAAGCAUCUGAGCGGGGCUGGCGCGGGAUCCAACAACGACUACAUCGAGGAGGCGAAGGAGUAUUUCGCCAGUAAGAUGAUCCAGUACGGAGAGGGCACGGAGGUGCCGAUCAAGAGCCUGCUCGGGCACCGCUCGCAGGCGUCGCCUCAGGUACGUCACAUCUCCGGGCAGCGCAUCAAGGAGUUCAAAGACUUCUUGCUCAAGCACCCGGACACCUUCCAGAUCAUCGAGGAUAACGUCGUUCUAGUCAGUGAGAACCACAGGCGCGGCAACACUUGCAGCAACUCUGAACAGUUCCACAACUUACCCGUUGCUCACAUAAACACAGACACAGCACAGCAAUUGCUCGAUUAUGUUGCUCAAUGUAUUGAAGCUAAAGGUCCAGUAAUGGUGGACCAACUAUUUCAUCUUAUUGUAUCAAGGUUCCCACAAGAAUAUUGGUAUCAAGUGUUUAAAUCUCCGGCAGACUUGAAUGCCUUUUUGAAACUGUUUUCUGAUAGCUUCCAUGUGCAAUCCAACCUUGUCACAUUAAUUAGCAAACCAAAAAUACCUGUAAUGUAUCUAAAUGCAAAAGCAAAAUCAAAGACUGAAUCACCAAAGCCUUUGGCUGAGGAGAAGCCUGUAUCCCCCGCUCCGCCUACUGUAGUGAGUCCGACCCCUUCAGACGGCCACCAGAGCCCUGCAAAUAGAAUACUCAGUCCUGUUGAAUCUCCCCGAGGUCCGCAAGCUAACAUUGCUAACCAGACUUUGAAGCAAAGGAUAAAUUCAAUUGUUAUUAAGAAUUUGGCAGAGAAUAUGGUGCGAGAUAGAGUGAACAAUCACUUAAAUGCCCGCAGUUCAGAAGAGACUAAUGGUACUCCAAGCAUAAGGAGUAAUCUGAUGGGCGAAGCUUGGAGGCAGAAAGUUCUUCAAUGUACAACAGUUAUAGCUAGUGUGAGAGAGUGUGCUACUUUAAUCGACAGUAUCAUGAACCCUAAACGCACCACAAAAAGUAUUGUCUCCUUUGAUUGUGAAGGCAUCAACUUGGGACUAAAAGGUGUCUUGACUCUCUGUCAAAUUGCUACUAUUAAUGGUGAAGUAUACAUUCUAGAUAUAAUGGCAUGCCCAGGCAUGGUUGUUGAAGGCAAAAUCAAGGAUCUUCUUGAAAGCGAAAAUGUAAUCAAAAUUAUACAUGAUUGUAGGAAUGACUCAGUCAAUUUGUACAAUCAGUUUGAGAUCACUUUAAAGAAUGUUUUUGAUACACAGGCAGCUCAUGCAGUGCUGCAGCUACAACAACAAGGUGUACCUGUUUACAAAGUUAAGAAUUUGUCUCUGAAUGCACUGUGUGAACUUUACAAUGCUCCGAUGAACCCAAUGAAAGAACAAUUGAAGAAUGUUUACCGCAGAGAUCAACGCUAUUGGGCUAGGCGUCCAUUAUCUAAAGACAUGAUCAUUUAUGCCGCCUCUGAUGUUUUAUCUCUGGUAAACCCUGCCAUUUACGCAUACAUGUCCUCAAAUAUCCGGUCUGACAACCAGCAGCUUUUUGAAGAACUGAGCAAUGAGCAAGUCUUCAUGCACAUCCAACCUACAGAAGUGAAAUUGAGGAAAAGGCAAAGAAAAAUCAACACUGAAGUUGGUGAGUUGAAGCAAAAACUUGCUGAGACCACUAAGAAUAUUGUUCUUAGUAACCGAGAAAUCAGAUUAUUAAGAUAUUUAGAGCUCACUGAAGAAGAGAAAGAGAAGCUAAAAGGUUGUCAUAAAAUAUCAAAGAAGCUGGAGAAACUUGAAGCCAUAGGGCAAGAAAAGGAUUCUGAUUCUGAAGAUGAUGAAAGAGAGAAUGAAAUGGCUAGUCUAGAGUCGAACCCUUCUGAUUCUAUCUCAUCUCCUCACUCCACUCAGCCUCCAAGCCUGACUGAGUCCAUGCAAAUGAUGGACGAAAUUUUAUCAGAUACAAACAUGGACAAGGUAGAAAAGAUUAAUCGCCUGGAGGCCAUCUUAUCUGCCGUCGCGCCACUGAGUGGUGAGUUAGAGGAUAAAUUCUCUCAAACCAUGGAACAAACGCUGCCACUGCUCAAAAACAAAGACUGGUCCAAUCUUAGCCAGAUCUUGAACAUUGGGGAACCGGACAGGAAGAAUUGUUCAUGUAGAUGCCAUAAUUCCACUUUCGACGACAAAUGUAAUGAUCUCAACCAGACUAAGAAGGCGGAGGUUGGCUCUCAAACCCUCAGCACCGGAGACAUCGUCAUCACGAGGAUCCACUUCAGGGAAGAGGACAAGGUGAACGAGAGAAUCCUGGACGCGUCUCCGGCCAGCAAACGGGGUAUCAACAUGUCCUGAUAGCCCAGCACUUCCAUUCAGUGCCACUUGAGUUUCGGAAUUUUCUUGUGAUCAUGUCAAUUUUGUAUGUAGUUGUUUAAGUUUGAAAGUUAUUUAUAUUUAUGGUGUAGCCGCGCUAGUGUGCGAGAUAGAAUAAAUUAAGUAUAGUUGUGGGUCGCAUCGCGCCGGGCGAGCGACCGCCUACGCUGGAUGCUCAUUUGAGCGGAGAACGUGCAUUCGAAUAAAUGCAACAGUAAUUCGCAUAAUAGAACAGCUACUUAACGCCUCAUCUCCAUCUCGGACGCGCUACCUUUUAUACUUCUUUAUUUAUGCUGGCUAUUGCCUGUUAAGAACCGAACUUAUAUGUGAUAGAUUUCAAGGCCUUUUGUUUUCGAGCUAUUUAAAUUGUAAAUAAGAUCAACUUCACGAUGCGUCAGCACGAUAUGAUGGAUCACUGAUAUAGAUCGAUAUGUACAUACACGUUAUUUAUUAUUACAUCUUUACCUAAUGUUUUCGUAGUAGCUUUGUUGUUACUGAAAUCUAUAUCAAAUCAAAAAUGGCAAUAAUAGUUAUACAAUAAAGCCCUUUAUUGUAAUAUACUUCGAAAUACUAUUUAGAUUUAAGUAUUUUAACCAUGUUUAAAUAUAAUGAAGAGGUUUAGGGAUUAGUGUUAUUGAAGGAGAUUUUAUAAAGUAGUGCGGAGUGCGGAGAGUGGUGCUUGGAAAAACUUAAUUUUAAUAAUUAGAUGCAGAGCGCAUCGGCGCAAGUAGGAAGUAACGUUGUAGAUAUUCACAAUUAAUUUAUGUGAGGACUGAAGUAGAUAUCAACUUUGUUUAAAGUAGGUAAUUCUUUGUGCCUUCGAGUCAUAUCCAACGAUUGCCUUGUGAAUUUUUACGUACUUUUUAUACCUCAAUUUAAUGUAACACAAAGUUCCGAGCAAGACACAAACUAGUAUAUUGUGAUAGGGAAAUUUUACAGCAAAUAAGAAGUUUUUAAAUCUGUAGAAGAUGUAGAAGAUUUUGAUCUAUUGUACUCUGGUAUAUAUUGCUUUCUAUCUUACCUUUUACGGGAUAACUUAAUCAGUUGUAAUCAAAUGUAUUAAGCAUGUUAAACCAUUUCGAAUAGUUUAUUUUUGUUGCGAUGAAAAGUUGAAUAAGUUAUAUUUUAUGCUUACUGCUUAGUAGUGCAAUUUUUAUUUUCUGCUCCAUGUAUUAUAAUAAUCAGUAUUGUUUCCAAAAUAGUAGAAUCAUAGCAUUAUUCUUAGGUUCGUAUUAUUUUGCAUUUACUAAGAUUGUGCGACGAUUUUAGUGGAACAUGAAAUAAAUUAUUUUUAAAUUAUUGUUAGUACUUUGUACUUGCAUAUCAAAAUUUAUUAUUUUUAAAUUAUUGUUAGUACUUUGUACUUGCAUAUCAAAAUUUAUUAUUUUUAAAUUAUUGUUAGUACUUUGUACUUGCAUAUCAAAAUUUACUCGUUAAAUUAUUUUCGGUCAUAAUAUAUAAUUGCAUAAUAUGAAGUAAAUUUUAUGGUGAAUAGACCAUUAUGAAAUUACCUUAUUUAUUCCGAGAGUCAGUUUGUCAUUUUAAUCGUGCCUUAGACUCAGCACAAGUUAGAGAAAUAGAUUUAAAUACUUACAUUCUUUGUAUCGUUUCGUAAGGUGUUUUUUCAGUGCCACUAAAUAUUUUAUUAAGUUUUUUUGUUAGUCAGCAUAAGCCUAACAAUCUCCCAUUUUUAACAAAGGAAUUGUUAAGAUUUUUGUAUUUGUGAUUACAGAGUUGUGUUAACUUACAGUUUCUGUAAUUUGUGGCAAAUUCAAGUUUACUAAUUUGCACACCGUUCAUGUUUAAUAAAUAAAAAAGUUGUAACAUAAA